UUUUUAAUUUUUCAUCACAAACCUAAAAGAGAUGAAAGGACGUACAGUAGACCGUGUCAGUUCUCUGAAACUGCACAGGAAGGCAACACAACAUACUCACACAAUUAUGUUUUAUUACUGCUACAUAAUCUGCUUUAUUGCCUGCGAAUGUUUUGGUUUGGUGUCUCAAUGUGGUGACUUGGUCACUGAAUUAAAGGGGGUUCUUGGACAACCCUUUUAUUUUGAAAAAGUGGCUCUGGAAUUGAAAUAUGAUCACCUGACGCUGCAGCAGACCAUUAAAAACCAAAGAACAAACCUACUGAUUUACAGUCACAGUACGACUACUGAAGAAAGAUACAGAUACAAUGAAGGAAAUUCCUCUUUCGAGAUUCUGAAGCUGCAGAGGGAGGAUCAAGGGACCUACGAGAUAAAGGUCACCAAUGGCAGCACAGAAACAUUUUGUAAAUAUGACCUCAAAGUUUACGAGAUGAUCAAUAAUGUGACGGUCAACGUAACUCACAGCCUUCAGAAUGACAGCUGCAUGGUCACCAUGGACUGUGUCCCUCAGACUGGGGACAAUAUAACCUUUGGCUGGAUUAUAAACCAGACAGAUUUACACUACAAACUACUUAACAGCACUGUAAGACUUUGUGUCACAAAAGACAAUGCAACCAGCACCUACACCUGCCAAGCCGAGAACCCUGUCAGCAGGGUUUCUCGUAAGGUCAACUUAAUGGAGAUAUGCGGCAUGAGACCAGCUGCAAGUGUAAAUAAUUUUGACCCUAAAUAUUUGCCCAUUGGUUUGCUUGCUGUCAUCAUCAUUGUGAUUGUGGGAAUCUUGAUAAGAAAAAUAAUCAACCGAAAAAUAGGUAAACUCCACAUACAUCCACAAAGUCCUCUACGAAUGCCUCCUCCAUCAAAUCCAGAAUUGGAGGCUGUAGCCACUGAAGGUCUAAACACAGUUUAUGCGGCAGUCCAGAAAAAAGAGUUAAGUGCGACAAGUCCCAAUCAAGUUCCUUCAGAGCCUGUGAAGCAAGUGCCCAUCACGGUUUAUGACAAUGUCAAGAGGAAAAAGAGUGAAGAUAACUACACAACGGUUUAUGAGCUGGCUGGUCCCUGCACAAUAGACCCAUGAGAAGACUUUACAGCCAAAUCAUGACUAGACCCGACUAUGUUUACUUUUUAUAUUUCACCUCUGAAGAAGAAGGUGGCUUCGAAACACGUCAGAUGCCCUGGCAUGUUAUCAAUCACUGGCAUGUUACUGUAUGAUAAACCUAUGUGCUACGUUUUAUACUCUAGCCGCGUAUGUUUUUAUAUUUUUGUACAAUAAAAAUUAUAUCUUUUAUUUAAA